AUGUGGCGAGCUGGUGUGGAUACCAAAUUUUCGACUACAGAAAGCCCUGAAGAUGACGACUGGGAAACUGAUCCUGAUUUCGUAAACGAUGUUACUGAGGAAGAGCAGCGGUUCGGAUCCAAAACAGUCGAAGGUUCUGGUUCACAGCGAGUCCUCGACAUGAAUAAACUGAGAGAUGAUGUUAAGGACUCUGAUAAGAAGAGUAAGGAGGGUAAGUUAUUCCAUGUAACACCUAAAUACAGCUACGGAUACGGCGGACAAUUUGGCGUACAAAAGGACCGUAUGGACAAGAGUGCGGUCAGUAACUCGUAUCAGUAUGUACCGGAAAAGCAUUCAUCUCAAACUGAUUUUAAGCAAGGAUUUGGUGGAAAAUUUGGGAUACAGAAAGAUCGCCAAGAUAAAUCUGCAGUAGGCUACGACUAUUCGGAGAAAACGGCACUGCAUUCAUCCCAAAAAGAUUAUUCUAAAGGUUUUGGAGGUAAAUUUGGUGUUCAGAAUGAUAGACAAGAUAAGUCUGCAGUAGGUUUCGACUAUACGGAAAAAACCGCGUUGCAUUCAUCACAAAAAGAUUAUUCCAAGGGCUUUGGAGGAAAAUUUGGAGUUGAGAAAGAUAAACAAGAUAAGUCUGCUGUAGGUUUCGACUAUGCGGAGAAAAAUGCAUUGCAUUCAUCCCAAAAAGAUUAUUCCAAGGGCUUUGGAGGGGCAUUUGGUGUUGAAAAAGACAAACAAGACAAGUCCGCCGAAAGCUGGAGUUACGUCGGUAAAUCCGAACUUCAUCAAUCUCAAAAAGACUACUCGAAAGGUUUCGGAGGCAAAUUUGGAGUAGAAACUGAAAAGCAAGAUAAAUCUGCCGAAAAUUGGAGUUACGUUGGAAAGAAUGAAUUACAUGAAUCUCAAAAAGAUUACUCUCGCGGUUUUGGAGGAAAGUUUGGUGUUGAAAGUGAUAGACAAGAUAAGGUAUGGUAA